AUUUAUUCUCUUAGAAAAUUUUAUUUUGUGUCAGGUUUUACUUAUCAACAUUCAAAAAAAAAAUGUCAGAAAAAGAAGAACCCAUGGAAAAUCUUUAUUCCACAAUAAAAUCCAAAUUUGAAGAAGAUGGUGUUCUACAAGAGGUACGAUGUCUUCUGCAAUCAAAAAUGGUAACAAUGAUGAAAGGUAAAACCGAUAAAAACACGCCCCUUAUACCACGCGGAUCUACCAGUGGUGCUGGCGAUGGCCAAACAGACUCACGUAUGCAAAUGUUACAUCAACUAAUCUUAGAAUAUUUCCAUUGGCACGGUUUUCAUUAUUCCGCUGAAAUGUUUGCCAUGGAGAGUGCUACUGAAAACACAAAGCCAGUACGUGAAUGUCUUGAAGGGGUUUUAGGCAAUUUCGAACACAAGAAUUUGCCAAUUCUUUUGGAAUUGAUAGCGACCAUGAUGGACAAUAAAGUAUACAAUACUCAAUAAUUACUAUGUGCAGAUCCAUUUGAUAUCACAUAGCUAAUUAUAUGUAUAUGACAUGGUAAUGCACAACACACUUAUCGGUUUAAAGCUUUUUAUUAUUUAACUAAAUCAUAAAUAAAAUUUUUUUAAAAAAUUACAAACUA